GUGGCGAUGGUCCUACUGCUCCUGAUCGCCAUUCCGCUGCUGGUGCAGAGCGCCAAAGCCUCCGCUCAUUACGAGAUGCUCGGGAGCUGUCGGAUGGUGUGUGAGCCCUACAGCCCACAGCCCGGGGCCACGGCAGCCGAGGCCAUCCAGGACCUGACCCUCAUGUCCCCACCGCCCUUCCUCCACGGGGGCCGAGGGGAACAGGGGCGCCGGGGCCGAGUGGGACCCCGGGGACCCCCCGGAGAGCCCGGCGCCCCGGGGCCGAGGGGUCCCCCCGGGGAGAGAGGGGACGCGGGGAGACACGGCGUGUUGGGAGCCUCGGGCACCGGUACCUUCAGUACCUCCUUCCACAGCCCCAGAAUCGCCUUCUACGCGGGUCUCAGGAAACCACACGAAGGGUAUGAGAUCCUGAAGUUUGACGAUGUGGUCACCAACAUCGGGAACCACUACGAAGCCUCAACCGGAAAGUUCACCUGUACCGUCCCCGGGAUCUACUUCUUCACUUACCAUGUGCUGAUGAGAGGGGGCGACGGGGUCAGUAUGUGGGCAGAUCUGUGCAAGAACGGUCAGGUGCGAGCGAGUGCCAUUGCCCAGGAUGCUGAUCAGAACUAUGAUUACGCCAGUAACACGGUGAUCCUGCACCUGGACGUCGGGGACGAGGUCUACGUCAAACUCGAUGGCGGCAAAGUGCACGGCGGCAACAACAACAAAUACAGCACCUUCUCUGGGUUCAUCAUCUACCCCGACUGA